GAAUUCAAUUCAAAACAAACCAUUUUCGAGUUCACACGUUUUUAUUUAAUUGUAAGAAAAAAUGGCAAAUAGUGCGUGCUUUGGUAUCCAUCUCGGAAAUACAAAUGGCUGUAUCGCCCUCUCAAAGGACAAGGUCGAUGUUAUCGCAAACGAGGCAGGCGAUUUUGUGACUCCAGCUGUUCUAACGUUGCUCGGAGACGGAAGUCACGUCGUUGGUCUGCCAGCAAAACAGCAACGGUGCCGCAAUGUCAAGGCAUCUGCCAUAAAUGUUUUGCAAAGUGUGAGUUGCGAUGCCAGUAACGAGGAAGACUUUGACCGAGUCAACCAAAAAUGUGGCGGGAAUUUGUCAAGAGACGGCGAUGAAUUAGUUUAUAAUUUAGAGCGUGACGAAGAAUCGAAGACUUUUACACCGCAAGCCGUUGUGGAAGAAAUUCUCAAGUAUAUUCACUCGAUUGCGGACCAUUCGGUGCGAAUUGAGGAGAAAACGUAUCCCGUCGUUAUGUCUGUGCCCACAUUUUUGGGUGAAAAAUCUCGCCAAGUUUUGUGUGAAGCCGCGCAAAAAGUUGGUUUUCACGUCUUGCAAGUCAUCACGAAUCCCGCAAGUGCUUGCUUGGCCUACGAUGUGCUCCAGGACACGGAGCCUUGCAACAUUCUCGUCUACCGAAUGGGCAACGUUAGUACAGAGGCGACAAUUUUGCGUGCCGAAGACGGAUUUCUGACGAUCAAACAUACCGUGCAUGACGAAAAUCUCGGCGGCAAAAAAUUCACAGACCUCAUGGUCGAGUACAUCGCUAAGGAAUUUUACCAAAAAUACAAGUUGGAUCCAAAUGAGAGCAAAAAAACGAUGGCCAAGCUUUUCCAACACGCCGAAAACACAAAACAUAUUUUGUCCAAUAUGCAAACGGCGCACAUCUUCGUGGAGUCUCUCAUGGAUGGCGUCGAUUUUUCGCACAACAUUUCACGGGCACGUUACGAGAACUUGUUUGCCAGCAUUGUGCCGCUUUACAAAAAACCUCUCGAGCAGUUAUUGGCUGAGGCGAAUUUCAACAUUGCCGAUAUUCACAAGAUUAUUUUGUGCGGUGGCGGCAUGAAGAUUCCCAAAUUGAAGACAGAGAUUACAAGCAUGUUCCCGAACGCCAAACUGCUGACGGGUCUCAAUGAGGACGAAGUGCUUGCCUUGGGGUGCGUCAAACAAGCAUCUAUCAUCUCGAAACAGUGGAACCACGACUUGGAUGUCAUGGACAUGGAAUUGAAUUUUUUGCCGUGCGACAUUGUCUUGCAGCAGAAUGGCAGCGAUACACAAAUCGAGGCUUUCAAAGCACGAACUUUGAUUCCGGCAUACACAAAAUUCACAUCAGCCAUCGACACGAAAAAGAACAAAAAUGUCGUUUUCGAUAUUUUCGAGAAGAAAUCCGACGAAUUGACAAAAAUUGGACAAAUAGAGGUGAAUGACGUCGCCGAGGAUGCAAAAGAGGCAGAAUUUUCCGUCAAAAUCGACAGUAAUGGCGUGGCAAUUGUUGUCGCACAAUAAUUCAAAUGCCUAAUAAAAAAUAUUUUUUAAUGAUAGAGAAGAAAAAAAAAAGUUAAUUUAAUAAAAAACAUAAUUUCAACGAAAAAUUAUGAAAUUAUCAAGAAAUCAAAUACUUCGUUGAGUGAAACCUUUUUUUCACUCUUUGUGACAUUUUUAUCCUUAAUGACUUCGAGAAGCUCAUCAACAACUUUUCCGUAAUGGAGAUUCAACAGUUCAUAAUCCGCAUAAGGGCCAUCCUUGAAAUUCCACGCAGAUUCCGAUACUUUAAUCAUCAAAGAUAUUUCGGAUCCUCU